AUGGAUCUCGAUCUGGAGGGAGUUCCCGAGGAGGAUAAGGCGCGUCUGACGCAGAUGAUCGAAAACGCGCAGCGACGGGACGGAGCUCGCAUGUACAACUCACUGGUGGAACGGUGUUUCAGGGACUGCGUGGACAACUUUAGGAGGAAAACUCUCGAUAAGACGGAGGAGCAGUGUGUGAAGCGGUGUGGGGAGAAGUUUCUGAACCACUUUGCGAGGGUUGGGAUGCGCUUUGCCGAGCUGCAAUCAGGAGCUUCCAUCAAGCAUAUCAUGGAAGCUUUAGACGGGCCGGUGUUGUUUCGUAUCGCGGAAGCUACCGGCGAAGCGGUUACCACCAUCGCCAACAUCGCUUGCGUCUCCCGCGCCUUCGCCCGUGUCGCCCGCGCGGAGCUAUGGCCGCGUUACUGCCUCGCGCGCGCCGCGCUUGCGGAAGACGGCGAGGCGGCGGCGGUGGCGGCGGUGGCGGCGCGCCUGGUGCACGAGGUGGGCUGCGCCGAUGCGCCGCGAAACGCGGCGAGCAGCCUGGCGCGCUGCAUGAGCGCAUGCCCAGGCGUGAUGCCCGCGUGCUCCAUCGCGCUGCGAGAGGACGACGCCAAGCCGUGGGAUCGCUGGUCCGGGAAAGUCUCGACGGAUUUCUGGAGCGAGGCGGAGGAGGAAAGCGGCAUAGACGGGGGAAGUGUGAGUGUGGGAGGCGGUAAGGAAAGUGAGGGAGCAUCAAAGGAGAGCAGCAGUCACCUCCCCAUUGGUUCUCAUGUCAGCGACUCCUCUGCGCUCUCCUCCGCGCUCGCUACUCGAAUCUUUCUGGAUGAGUGCUUCCUCCCCGCCUCUCCUUCCCGCCCAUCGCCGCUCUUUCCGGGCGAGGAGGAGGAGCGUUGUGAGGUGGUGCGGGGAGCGAUUGCUGGGUUCAAGCAGUCGCGGAUGCUACAAGGCCAGCCGUUUGCUCCAAGCGCAUGCCCCUUCUGCCAUGACCCGGCAUGGAACACCACUGCUCUGCUGAAACCGACGGCUCACGUUGCGUUGGGUUGCAAUAAAGGCGAUGCGUGCUGCUUCAUCUGCACCCAGGGUCACCUGUUUGGACUGUACAAAGUAUCGUGCACGGACUAUUCUGAUGAAGACAACGAUUAUGAUGAUUGGUAUGAUGACUAUGACCGUGGGUCGGAUGAGGUUGAUGACUUGGAUGAUCGAAUAACACGCCUAGGACUUGUAUGUAAGAUGGUGGACAGGUAA